AUGUAUCUUCCAUUUUUCAUUUCGAUUAUUUCCUUCGUUGUCGCGUCCGUAACGAGUACGAGAGACGUCGAUGUUGUUAUCGUUGGUGGCGGUUUGUCAGGCCUAUCCGCAGCAAAGGAUAUUGCAAGAGCAGGCAAGACCUUUGCUAUAUUCGAAGCUCGCGAUCGUGUAGGUGGCCGUGUGCUCAACGCGCAUAUCUCCAAUGGAGAGAUCCAGGAAGUAGGCGCGGAAUUCGUCGGGCCAACCCAGGACCGGGUGCUCGCUCUCGCUGCUGAACUUGGCCUGCCGACAUACUCGACAUACACGACUGGAAAAUCGAUACUGUACCGAAACGGCACUGUUACUCCUUACGACGCAGACCUUGGCACGGGCGGCCUACCCCCGGUGGACUCGGAAUCCCAGGCAGAGCUCGCUAGUCUCGUGACAGAACUCGACAGGUUGGCUAGUGAGCUGGACGUCAAUGCGCCCUGGAGACAUCCCAACGCCCAGACGUGGGAUAGUAUGACCCUGAGGUCCUUUGCCGAAUCCCGGAUUAGUCUACAAGAUUCACUGUUUCUCUUCGAGACCGCCAUUCGAUCUAUCCUUUCCACCGAGGUCGAAGAGCCAUCUCUCUUGUACAUGCUGUCGUACAUCGCCGCCGCAGGUAACCAAACAAACACCGGAACCAUGAAUCGUCUUGUUGGUACCAAGGAAGCCGCUCAGGAUAGCCGAAUUAAUGGCGGCACUCAACUGUUGGCGACGAGGCUGGCAGAGAACCUUGGGCCAGCAAACAUCUUCUUGAACUCGCCAGUGCGGGAGAUUAAGCUCAAACAUGACCGAUACAUUGUCAUGUCCAAUAGGGUGCAAGUAUCAGCCAAACACGUUGUCGUCGCCAUGUCUCCUCCGAUGGCGGGGCGGAUUUCUUAUGAUCCACUACUACCAGCGGGUCGGGAUCAGCUUUCUCAGCGAAUGCCUAUGGGUUCUAUUGGCAAGGCUAUUGCGAUCUAUCCUAAUGCCUGGUGGAGGAAUCUAGGGUUCAAUGGACAGGUGCAAAGUGAUACAGGUGUCAUCCGAGCGACAUAUGAUAACACUCCUGCUAGCGAGAGCUUCGGUGCUAUCAUGGGUUUUAUCGAAGCCGAUGAGAUGCGAGCCCUUGACAGCCUCUCGCAAGCAGAAAUCAAAAAGCAUGUUACAGAGGACCUCGUGAAGUUUUUCGGACCCCAAGCGGCCAAUGUCAGCCAGAUACUCAUACAACGGUGGGAUCUCGAGGAAUUUUCACGUGGCGGGCCUGUUGCCUAUUGUCCCCCAGGGGUCCUUACUAAGUACGGACCUUUCUUACGGGAUCCUGCCGCCAAAAUACAUUUUGCUGGCACUGAAUCUUCUCCGUACUGGACUGGAUAUAUGGAUGGCGCCAUCCGCUCUGGUGAGCGAGCUGCGGCAGAGAUUGUAGCGGAUUUUUAA